AUGCAUCUGAUGCUCGCAGAGAAUGUCUCAUUAGGUGUCCUCGCCCUUCCACAAGCCCUCGCAAUCCUCGGCCUAGUCCCCGGUCUCCUCUGCAUAUGCUUCCUAGGCAUCAUCGCUACAUACACUGGCUAUUUGAUCGGCGAAUUCAAGCUGGCUCACCCGUCUGUAGCGAACUACGCGGAUUGCGGCAUGCUUAUGAGCGGGCCAGUGCUUCGCGAGGUGCUUGCUGUCGGACAACUACUUGUCCUGAUCUUCAUCAUGGGGGCGCACAUCUUAACAUUUGCGGUCGCGAUGAAUGCGAUGACUGAUCACGGCACUUGCACUAUCGUCUUUACUGUUGUCGGACUGAUCAUCUCCUUCCUGCUAGGGUUGCCUAGAACGUUUAAGAACAUUAGCUACUUUAGCUACUUUUUUACUGUAACUAUGAUCGCCAUUAGUAUCCAGAAGCCAGAUAUGGGCAACAUCGUUGCUGUGCGACCCGAUGUACCACUCGUCAAGGGACUCGCACCCGUGAUGAACAUCGUCUUAGCUUACACUGGACACGUCGCCUUCUUCUCGUUCCAAUCUGAACUCGAAGACCCUCGCGACUUCCGCAAAGCCCUCAUUUUCGAGCAGGGUAUCGCAGUCACAUUUUAUAUGCUCAUCUCCGUCAUCAUAUACUACUACGCCGGGCCUCUCGUAGCCUCACCCGCCCUUGGUUCCGCGUCCCCCCUCGUCAGCAAGAUUUGCUUUGGCAUCGCGCUGCCCACGAUCAUCGUCGCAGGUGUAGUCAAUGGCUCCGUAGCGACCAAAUACAUCUACUUUCGCGUGCAUUGGCUGACGCGCAUAGAUGCGCUUCCUCCACUGAUGUGGCUGUGGCACAACAAGAAGAACGGUAGGCUGUUCUCGUCGACUUCGCAAACAGCUUUUACCAUUCUGAAUAUCUCUAUUGUCAUUCUAGGCAUGCUCAUUGUGAGUCCGCUCCCCAAGACAUUACAAGACGAGUGCUGA